AUGGACAACGAACCCUCCGAUUUCGACUACUAUGACAUACUGAAUGUCACUAGGGAUAGUUCUGUUGAGGAAAUAAAGGCGAGCUAUCAUAAGCUGAUCCGCCAAUGGCACCCAGACAAGAAUUUGAUGCCAUUCUCUGAGCAACCGGAACCCCAAUCGCCAUCAUAUCGCAAUGCAGAAUCGUUUGAUGUUCCUCAGGAGCUUCAGCGUGACUCCGCUUUUAAUAAGAUACAGUUGGCAUACUCUGUGUUGUCUGACCCAGAUCAGCGCCGGGUGUAUGAUAACUACGGAAGUGAAGGAGUAAUGCUGAAGAAAGUACUCAGACAGCAACUCGAUCAGGAGCGCGUAGAAUGGGACGCUAUACCUGAAUCGAUUGAAGAUGAAGAUACGGUACGGAAAUCUCUAGAACUGCGGAAAGCAGCUGACGAAAUUGAGAUCGAGCGACGCAUAAACUUUAUAUUACAACAACGUCGUUUGGACAAGUUCCGUGAAUUACCUGUGCAAGUAAUAAGCCAAUUUACAUUUUCUGGUGUUACCCAUUUCUUCGAUGAUGAGAUCGCCAAUUUCGUUCGGCGUCGACUCUUCCAGAUUAGGGAUACCAGUAUUUUAAACUCUUUAGAAGUGCGAUUGAGCAAACGGACACGUUUAGGCUACUCUUACAACAGCUCCGUAGCUCGUGGGACAUUCGGUAAAUCGAGGUCAGGGGUAUACUUGUCAUCUGAGUUAACUGAUUCAGUCGAGUCGACCGUAAGUGUUGACUGGGGUGAAUAUAUGAGUUAUCGUUAUGGUUGGUUAUCCUUAAAGAAAAAGUUUUCCGAUCACUUUUGGGCCAGUUCGGUCUUCGGUCUUAACCGUCAGCUAACACCCAUGAUGCGUUGCGUGGUGCACAAGAGUUGGGGUGAUAAUCACGCUGUGGAGAUCACGGCCCUACCAGACUAUGUAUUAACGUACGGAUACAACAGAGUGCUGCCGCAUGACCUGAAGUUGAACCUUCAGGCCGCCUUGUCGCCGGAUGAUGUGGGUACGCUUUUACGAGUAAAGGCUCUGUCUAAUACGGGAGCUGUGGUUGGCACAAGAUGCAGAUACUCGAUGCUAGGAGGGCUCUACUUGGAAGGUUACAUACGCCAGAAAUUUUAUAGUGAGUUGCUUGCCAAGGUUAAAUUCGAGUGCCGACUGCGUUAUGACCAUAACGCAAUUUUUAUUAUCUUCAAACUGGUAUUGAACAACACUAGAUUCGAUCUGCCCAUUGAACUCUAUAGAGGUAAUACGGAUCGAUGUGUGUUUUUGGGUACUACAGCAGCAUGCUCUCUCUUGUUACUGCCAGCCAUGUGGGAUAUGGCCGUGAAAUUUCUGUCGCCUGAGGAGAAAAAGAUACAAUACGGAUCUGAACGUCAGACAUUGCGUAGCAGCUUUUAUUCCCAGUUCCCAACGUUUUCGUAUCUUGGCUUAGUGAAUGAUUACAGUAAACGGCAUGAAAGGUACGUAUCGGAGCAGACUAAGUCCAUUGCUUUGUUGGACCGUUCCUCUCAGUGGUCCGAGGACGCUCUUGAAGCCAUUGUUACUCGUGAGCUUCGUUUCGCACGCCAGGAAGGUUUGGCACUCUUCAACGCAGCUAAGAGCUGUUACCAACGUGAGGAUGAAUCCGAUGGUCUGUGCAUACUCUUCGCAGUUUACGGGCACCCUGAGUCCCUGAACACACUGUCAAAGUUUGUAACCAUGGAUCUAUUCGACGAUCUUAGUGGUAUAGUCGAUAGAUCAGACCCUGUGUCUCCAAUAUCGUCAACUGGCCGUCGUUUUGUCUUUGGAGCUGUUACAGUAGAGUCCCUCCUCAGGCAAAAUGACCAACUACGUCUACAGAGACUAUUCGAACGUUAUGUACUCGACGUGACCAAUGUGCUUAUGUCUCGUGUGACGGAUUCCCGCCUAACCCUGUCCAUUGGCGGCAAAGGGCAGCUCAUCGGUUUUGCUGACCCCUGCUCAAAUCUUGUAAACAUUGAGUCUGAGCUAUUUGUUUGCUAUCGUUACAAGAGAAAGACUUAUGCAAUAAGGUUCAGAGACGCAGACCCUGUUCUACUUCCCGAGGGCUGCUCAAUGUAG